AUGGAGAAUCGGGAUGUGCCUCCAGGCCCUUAUCGGGCCACUAAGCUGUGGAAUGAAAUUACCACGUCUUUUCGAGUGGGAAUGCCCCUAAGAAAACAUAGGCAACACUUCAAAAAAUAUGGCAACUGUUUUACAGCAGGAGAAGCAGUGGACUGGCUUUAUGACUUAUUGAGAACUAAUAGCAAUUUUGGUCCUGAAGUUACAAGGCAACAGACUAUCCAGCUAUUGAGAAAAUUUCUUAAGAAUCAUGUAAUUGAAGAUAUCAAAGGCAGAUGGGGGACAGAAAAUCUUGAUGACAACAGUCAGCUAUUCAGAUUUCCUACAAGUUCUCCACUUAAAACUCUUCCACGAAGGCAUCCAGAAUUGAGAAAAAACAGCAUAGAGAAUUUUUCCAAAGAUAAAGAUAGUGUUUUUAAAUUGCGAAACUUAUCUCGAAGAACUCCCAAAAAACAUGGACUACAUUUCUCUCAGGAAAAUGCAGAGAAAAUGAACUGUGAAAUAAUUGAUGAAGAUCAAGAAAAUUUAGCUGAAAACAGAGAAAUAAGCCAGAAAGAUGUUGAAGAAGUUUGGAGAUAUGUUAUUCUGAUCUACCUGCAAACCGUUCUAGGUGUAUCCUCCCUAGAAGAAGUCAUAAAUCCCAAACAAGUAAUUCCUCAGUAUAUAAUGUACAACAUGACCAAUACAAGUAAACAUGGAGUAGUUAUACUGCAAGACAAAUCAGAUGAUCUUCCUCACUGGGUACUAUCUGCCAUGAAGUGCCUAGCAAAUUGGCCAAGAAGUAAUGACAUGAAUAAUCCAACUUAUAUUGGAUUUGAGCGAGAUGUAUUCAGAACAAUUGCAGAUUAUUUUCUAGAUCUCCCUGAACCUCUACUUACCUUUGAAUAUUAUGAAUUAUUUGUAAACAUUUUGGUUGUUUGUGGCUACGUCACAGUUUCAGAUAGACCCAGUGGGAUACAUAAAAUCCAAGAUGAUCCACAGUCUUCAAAAAUUCUUCAUUUAAACAAUCUGAAUUCCUUCAAAUCAACUGAGUGUCUUCUUCUCAGUCUUCUUCAUAAAGACAAAACAAAAGAAGAAUCAGAUACUACUGAGAGACUGCAGAUAAGUGAUCAAGGAUUUCAAGAAAAAUAUGCUAAGAAAAUGCAGCUAGUUAAUUUUAAAAACAGAAGAGCCAGUGCUAAUGACAUAAUGGGAGGAAGUUGUCAUAAUUUAGUAGGCUUAAGUAGAAUGCAUGUUCUGUCCUCUAACAUCAAACCAAGGUGCUAUUCAUUAGAAGGAAUUGUAGAUUUACCAGGGAGUUCAAGUAAAGAGGUCUCCAGUGUCUUCCAUCAAUCUGUUCUGAACAUAGAAGGACAAAAUAAUAAGCAAUCUUUAGAAUCUGAGACCAAACAAGAAUCCCUGAUGAAUCUUCAUUCAGAGGAAAGUAUUCAAAAGCCAUUCUCUGUUGGUUAUAAGAGAACCUCUACUUUGACCAUUCAAGACCAAGAGGAGUUAUAUAAUGGAAAGUGCAAACCAAAACAGCUUUGUAGAUCUCAGAGUUUACUUUUAAGAAGUAGUACAAGAAGGAAUAGUUAUAUUAAUAUGCCAGUGGCUGAAAUUAUCAUGAAACCAAAUCUUGGACAAGGCAGCACCAGUGUGCAAACAGCUAUGGAAGGUGAACUCGGAGAGUCUAGUGCCACAAUCAAUAAAAGACUCUGCAAAAGCACAAUAGAACUUUCAGAAAACUCUUUACCUCCAGCUUCUUCUAUGUUGACUGGCACACAAAGUUUGCUGCAACCUCAUUUAGAGAGGGUUGCCAUCGAUGCACUGCAGUUAUGUUGUUUGUUACUUCCCCCACCAAAUCGUAGAAAGCUUCAACUUUUAAUGCGCAUGAUUUCUCGAAUGAGUCAAAAUGUUGAUAUGCCCCAACUUCAUGAUGCAAUGGGUACAAGAUCACUGAUGAUACACACUUUUUCUCGGAGUGUGUUACGCUGUGCUGAAGAAGUAGAUCUUGAUGAGCUUCUUGCUGCAAGAUUAGUAUCUUUCUUGAUGGAUCAUCAACAGGAAAUUCUUCAAGUGCCUUCUUACCUUCAGGCUGCAGUAGAGAAACAUCUUAACUACUUAAGAAAGGGCCAUGUAUGUAUUAUUAAAAAUCCUGGAGAUGGAGUGAUUGCUCCUCUGCCAACGUAUUCAUACUGUAAGCAGAUCAGUCCUCAGGAGUUUGAUGAACAGAAAGUUUCUACCUCUCAAGCUGCAAUUGCAGAACUUUUAGAGAAUAUUAUUAAAAAUAAGAGUUUGCCUCUAAAGGAGAAAAGGAGAAAACUAAAACAGUUUCAGAAGGAAUAUCCCUUAAUAUAUCAGAAAAGAUUUCCAACCUCUGAAAGUGAAGCAGCACUUUUCGGUGACAAACCUACAAUCAAGCAACCAAUGCUAUUUUUAAGAAAACCAAAGUUUCGUAGUUUAAGAUACUAA